CGUCGCUUUCUAUAAUUAAAUACUCCCCUCCAUAUAUAUUCGCGAAAAAAGAAACGCUCCCCACUCUGAUCUCUGUCGCUCUCUCGUCUUCGUCGUUCCGGAAUCGUUAACGAUUGAUCCUGGAGAAACGUCAUCUCACUAAAGAAAAUGGGAGGUGGGAAGGAUAAGCCUGAUGGCUCCGACACGAGUGACAAAGGGUUUUUUAUCAAACAUCGCUUAUGGGCUUGCUGGACAUCCACCAGGAUACCAUGCUGGAUAUCCAUAUCCCCCACCACCUAGCCAAUACCCGCCGCAAGGAUAUCUGCCAGCACCUGGCCCAUAUCCUCCACAUGGGUACCCCCCACCAGGGUAUCCCCCUUAUGGAUACCCACCAUCUGGAUAUCCACCUGCUGGUGGAUACCCGCCAUCAGGUUAUCCUGGUGCCAGUCCUUCUGCUCCCCCAUAUCAUGGUCAUGGAUCUAGUAGCAUGGGGGCACUAAUGGCUGGGGGUGCAGCUGCUGCUGCAGCUGCUUAUGGGGCUCACCAUAUGGCCCAUGGCUAUCAUCAUCUUGGCCAUGGGAUGUUCCAUGGAUACCAUCAUGGCAAGUUCAAGCAUGGCAAGUUCAAACAUGGGAAGCAUAUGAGGUUUGGGAAGCAUCGAAUGUUUGGAGGGAAGCAUCGAAUGUUUGGAGGGAAGCACCAUAUGUUCGGCAAGUUCAAGAAGUGGAAGUGAUUGUAAAGGUUCUUAGAUGGUUGACGUUGCUAGGUUUCCUCUAUUUCUCCACUAAUUAUUGAAUAGAUUUCUGCUGACUCUGUUUGGGGGAGCUUUGUGCUUGACUAUAGGCAGAAUAUUGUGAACAUAUAACCUAUAAACUCUAUUGAUCUAUCCUGCACUCUGUACAGUUUCUAUUCCCAAUGGAUUUUUUUAAUGUUUCAUUUUUGUGAAA